CGGUACAAGAGUUGGGACCGCUAAGGCUUAGGAACCAUAUAUCCUUAGCCCCUCGAGACCUCAACACUGAAAUAGGUGCCGGCCUGGAGGUCUAUCAACAGUCAUGCCUGUCCCACAGCUGUUUAGGUGGUCUCCUCGACCUGACCAGUCCCCGGACGCUUCUCCCGCCUCGCAAUCCUCCUCCCGCUUCGGCCUGCUACACAGCAACGUCCGCUCCAUGAUCAAUGGGUCCUCUGUAUACUCCCAAGACUCGCCGGCUCCCUCGGCCAACAACACGCCAAAGAUCCCCUUCCUAGGCUUCCUCCGCCGCCCGCCAUCCCCACCUGCUCCCAUCGUCGUCCCCGACGCUCCCCGCGACUCGAGCGACUCCCGAUCUCCCCUCCAACCCCGACACACAGCAGCAUCGUAUAUGCGCACCAUUGCUCCGCUACAAGACCCGCGAGAGCCCGAAACGAUAUACAACCGAGACCCGCCGGAGCGACAUCCCGCAGACGUACCGCUAGAUUACAAUAACAACAACAAUGGACAGAGCGUGGACCCGGAAACAGAGCAGCUACAGGACGAGAUCCACAACAGCCAGCGGCGGAGGAAGCGCAGACGGCACAGGAGGAAACACCACCGGCAACAGGCCCAAUGGGUACGGCGGGGUGAACAGCGCGGUCGCUGCGUGCCCUCUGCCCGCGGCGCAGCGACGCGGAGCAAGCUUCUCGCAUGCAUUAUAUCAGGGCUCUUCCUCGCUACCGUCCUAGCAAUCUACCUCGCCCUCGCCCUCUCGCGCCACGACCUCGGCCAAGAAGUCCACGUCCUCUUCAUCAUGAUCGUGCUGGGCACCACCAUCUUCUUCUGCCACUCGCUGAUCCGGCUGUGCAUGCUGAUCCUGCACCCGCGGCCCGAGUCCGACAUGCCGCACAUACCCAGCAUGACGGGGCCCGAGGGCUUCCACCCCGUGCGCCCCAUCCGCGUGCAUCUCGCGCGCGACGAGGAGCUCGCUGACGACUACGACGAGGAGGACGCCGUCGAGGGGCGCGAGCAGGCGGAGAAGAAACUCGCGCAUCCGCCGCCUGCGUAUGGCCUUUGGCGGAGUAGUGUAAGGGUCGAUCCGAAUUUGCUGCAUUGGCAGCGCGUGGAGCAGGAGCAGCAGGAGCAGCAACGGCUUCAGAAUGCUAACAAUGGCGAGGGGUCGUCGUCCUCUUCGAGGCAGGGAUCCAGGAACGGGUCCGUGUCGGAGGGAGGGCCUGCUGCGGCGGCCAGCACCACCGAGCAGCAGGGCCCCAGGCCGCCGUCGUACGUCUCCGACGACGGCGUGAGCUAUGUUGUCGAAGCUGCUCCGCGGUCCGUGGCGCCCAGCCACACCGGCGUGAGCGAUAUCCAUCCCGCGUGGCGGCCGGGGUAUGCGAUAUCUGAAGUGCGCAUGGAGGAGUGGCCGCGUGCGACGCGGGUGUAAAAAAAGUCAAGUCGGAGUAUUGGCGCAAUUUGGGUAUAUACGCACAUGAUCGUUUUCAUCUUUUGCCUUCCCGUUCC